AUCCAAAUGCACUUCACAAGUGAUAAGAAAUCAGAGUUGAUAAAAUGUUAGAUUCGUUUUAAAGGAUUACUUCUACUACACAAUAUACAUGUAUUUAGAACUGUGCGUUAUGAUAUUCGAUGGUUUAUGAAACUCAGCGGAUUUCCUGGUUUUGUAAAACAUAUGAUGAAUGAGAAGUUCUAUUUUGCAAAUGCUGCAAUAGCACAUGUUGUAUGCGGAUAUUAAAGUUACAGCUUAGAUCAUGAAUCAGAAAAACGACAAUAUCAAGAAAAGGCUGAGGGUUUUGAUAUUUCUUGGUGGUUUUCUAUCGAUGCUAGCACUGAUGUAUAUCAUACCGAGGGCGACGCUGACGCUGAACGACAAGAUGCUGUCACAGGACCCUGCAACACUAGAGCAAGUUCGGGAAGGGAAUGAUAUCAGAUCAUUGAAGAUCAAUGUGAAGGAAUUCAAUGGAGUGUGGCAGGUCGUGAAUGCCUCAGUGGAGAUGUACUUAUACUCGGCGUACUAUGAUGACCGUCCUUCUCUUUUAACCAAUCCCGUCAUCCGAGUUAUCGCAGUGUCUGAAUCCCAAGUAGAACAAAGAAAGGUGUAUUGUUAUAUCUGGUAUGACGUAUCAACAGAUCCAUUCGUCGAAGUUGCAGAAAUUUUACAUUUAGGUGCUGGAAAUAACCGACAUGGAAAAUACUUCCGGGAGCAUAUUUAUACCUGCAAAUUACAAACAAGUAAAGAUAUCCCCAAAGCAAUCUCUAUCGAACUAGAAGAGACAGAUGUAAAACUGCCCGAACCGUCCACAUAUAUGACUGUUCAGGUUCCUGAAAAACCUGAAACCAAACAAGAUUUCAUAAAUUGCGUUUCAGUAACAUUUUGGAAAGUUGAUCCAUACAGGGUAGUUGAGUGGAUGGAGCUUCAUAAACUGUGGGGAGUCAACAAGGUAACCAUAUAUAACAGUAGUAUAGAGGACGAAUCGGCGAAGGUUUUUCUACAUUACCAAAAAGAAGGCUUUGUCGAUUUUAGGCAAGCUCCACAAUUUGUACCGGAUCCUGGAGAAAUGUCUAUACUUCUUACCAUGUCGCCAGUUAUCUGUGAUUGUCUCUACAGGAACAUGCAUAAAUACAAUAAGGUUGUUGUCACCGAUUUGGACGAAAUGAUAGUACCUCGGACAACCCUUGACUAUAAAUCUAUGUUAGAUGAAAUUAACAACAGACAGCCUAGUGAGCACAAGGCUCUUUCAUACAUGUUUCGGAAUGAUUAUUUCUUCAUGGAUCCACAGAUGCCAGAAGACACGGACAUGCCUAAAAAACUAGCAACCUUACGACAUAGAGUCCGGCUUCCUCCAAGUGGUCCAGGUUAUUCAGUGAAGUCAAUCAUUGACCCACAGGCAUGUGUAGUUAUGCAUAAUCAUUUUUGUUGGGUGCGGACAAAGGGUCACGACACAAAUGGCCAUACAGUUGAUGUUAACGUAGAUUUGGCGAUGAACCAACAUUACAAGAAAUGUCAUUUUGAUAAAUAUCU